CCCGCAGUGGAUCCCAUGCCCGGACAACCGAUCGUGCCUGCGAUACCUGUAGUGGCUGCGACACCCGGCCAACCUGCAAUAGCCAUCGUGCUUGGAGAACCUGGAGUGCCUGAGAGCAAACAUGGAUCUGUCCCUCAAGAACCUCAGCGUACUAAUGUACAUAUUAUAGGCAAACGUGGAUCUGUCCCUCAGGAACCUCAGCGUAUUAUUAUCCAUCUCUCAUAUCCGAACCUUUGGCAUAUCCAGCUGAAUAUGCUAGCUGUCUCCCGUCAGAUGGUACUUGGACUGUUCCCAAUGGUUCCACAACCAUCGCUGCACUGGCUUGUCAAGGAGGAGGAAUAUAAGCAACGCCGCAUUCAAACACAUUUUUUAUUAUGCUUUGUGCCUGUGUAUCCUCAUCUUAAAAUUUGGGCAUAUGGUGGAAGAAAGGUAUCAAAGAAUUCUAAUUUCUAA